AUGCUGAAGCUUGGCCUGCUCUUUCCUUCCACUCUAUGGAUGAUUCGGGAUGUUCAGCCGCAGGUACAGGACCCUCAUGGCGGUAUUGUCAUUAGGGACAGGCGGUCAGUUCGAUUGAUUCUCGCACAGGAGCCAAUAGUAGUCGAUUGGAUUUCAGUGGAUGAGCGCCGGGUAUUCGAUGACACAUGUCGACGAGGAGUACUUAGGACCUUGAACCUGGUUGGCUUGCGUGUAUGUGCGUUGGAGAGAGAGAAGAACGGUGUUGACAACGAGAAUGGAGUCCGCAGUCGGUCAAGGCGGUUAUUCCCUAACGAGAUACCUGCCUACCCUAAGAGGAAAUUCUCGGUCCAGACAGUCCAUGUGAUCGACCUAAUCCGUCGCUUAGCAGCCAUGAUCGUCUGUGGCACAAUCAAGAUAGUCGUGAGGGUUACAGCCACAUGUGAUAUUAGUGGCCCAGGGCGCCGUAAUGCGAUAUGGAAGGAUGGUUGGAUGCAUGAUGUCUGGGAGUAUCUCAGUGCAUUAAAUGUUAACGGUCACUAA